AUGGAUGAAGGUACCGGACCUACGACCAUCACACCCGAAACUGCCCCUCGAUGGUCUCUUAGCCGCCGUCUUCGGUCCCUCCGCCGAGCUUUUACAACUCGCGAUGGCCUUCUGGGCGACUACAGCUAUGGCGUCUUGUUCCGACCCAACAUCCCGUUCAUGCGCAAAGGCCCAGGGUCCGGAAAAAGCCCGUUCUUCGGCCUCAAUGAUCGCAUGCCUGUAUUCCUGGGCCUGCUACUCGGACUACAACAUGCGCUGGCCAUGUUGGCCGGCAUCAUAACGCCGCCGUUGAUUCUGUCGGGUCCGGGUGGAGCCAACUUGUCGACUGAGCAGCAACAGUAUCUGGUUUCUACGGCGUUGAUUGUGUCGGGAAUCCUGUCAAGCAUUCAAAUCACGAGGUUCCAUAUUUACAAGACUCCCUAUUAUCUCGGAACUGGUCUCAUAUCUGUCGUGGGUAUCAGCUUCAGCAUCAUCCCCGUUGCCCAAGGAGCGCUUACUCAGAUGUAUGCCAACGGCUUCUGUCCCUCUGACGCUGCUGGCAAUCCCCUGAGCUGCCCUCGUGGAUACGGUGCUCUGCUGGGAACCUGUGCAGUCUGCGCUUUGCUCGAAAUCUUACUGUCAUUCAUCCCGCCUCGUAUCCUGCUCCGAAUGUUUCCUCCCAUCGUUACGGGUCCGACGGUCAUGCUCAUCGGCAUCAAUCUUAUAAAAAGCGGCUUCCAGGACUGGAUGGGAGGAAGUGGCUGCACGACACAAACCUUGUGUCCUAGUCCCGGAGCACCGCAUGCUCUGCCUUGGGGAUCCGCCGAGUUCCUCGGCUUGGGGUUCAGUGUCUUCGUCACCAUCAUCUUGUGCGAGCGCUUCGGAUCUCCCAUUAUGAAGUCUACGUCUGUUAUUAUCGGCCUGCUGGUGGGGUGUAUCAUUGCCGCUGCCUGUGGCUACUUUGAUCGAUCCGGAAUCGAUUCUGCCCCCGUCGCCUCCUUCAUUUGGGUACAUACUUUCCCCUUGUCUGUUUAUGGACCGCUGGUACUACCAGUGCUUGCCGUCUUUAUUGUCUGCCUUACCGAGUCCAUUGGAGACAUCACUGCCACUUGCGAUGUCUCCCAUCUUGAGGUUGAGGGCAUGAUAUACGAGUCUCGCAUCCAGGGAGGUGUCCUGGCGGAUGGCCUCAACGGCUGUCUCGCAGCCCUCAUGACCAUUACGCCGAUGAGCACCUUUGCCCAAAACAACGGCGUCAUUGCGCUUACCCGCUGUGCCAACCGCAAGGCCGGAUACGCCUGCUGCUUCUUCCUCCUCGUCAUGGGUAUCUUCGCCAAGUUCGCCGCCGCCCUUGUCGCCAUUCCGGCCGCGGUCUUGGGCGGCAUGACCACUUUUCUCUUCUGCUCCGUCGCUGUCUCCGGUAUUGCCAUCAUCUCUCGCGGCGUCCCAUUUACGCGCCGAAACCGUUUCAUCCUCACCGCCGGCCUGGCUCUCGGCUACGGAGCGACCCUGGUGCCCAAUUACUUUAGCACUGUAUUUACCUACAAGGGCGGGAAUAAGUCGCUUAGUGGCUUCCUCGACGCCAUUGUCCUGGUUAUGGAGACUGGCUUUGCCGUUACGGCGGCGGUUUGCAUGAUUCUGAACUUGCUGAUUGAGGAGGAGAUGGAGGACGAUAUUAGUGCGGAUGGCGACGACGAUGUUGAGCGAAGAGAUUCGGGAUAUAGGAGAAGGUGGCUCGAACACUACAAGAGGAGAAAAGCAAGCCUAAAGCUGGGCUGGGCUGAUAUGAAGGAGGAGGAAAUAUGA